UUUCCGAUGUUCACGAAUGCAUCAGGACGCCAGUGUUUACAGUCAAAGCAGAUGAUUUUGCUUUUCAUGCGUCAGGAAAACGGGCAGAGUGCCGCGUCUGUCACUUUAUUUUGAGUGGACGUCCGUGCAGGUGUUGCACAGGUGUUGCACAGGUGUUGCACGGGUGUUGCACAGGUGUUGUACAGGUGUUGCACGGGUGUUGCACAGGUGUUGCACAGGUGUUGUACAGGUGUUGCACAGGUGUGCAGGCACAGCUGCGCGGUGAUGGCAGGGUGGGUGUCGCUGCAUUCCUCCAGACCGCGUGCAUUGCUCGGCGCUUUUGGAUCCAGGACUGUAUAUGGUCAGUGCCCAAACAGCGCGGUCACAUGAACACUGCUGUUUUACUUUUCAUCCUGUGAAAGGAUGCAGGCGUCAGUGCUCCUGGCUGGUUGGCUGGUUCCCGCCCGCUGCUGCUCUGCUCAGAUACACACACCCGUCCCGGUGGGGGGGCAGCAGAGGACUCUUCACUGGAGGUGGGGGUGCGUCUGUAGUGCAGCUGACUCUGCAGGACAUUGCCAGGAGCCUCCGGGAUCGGCAGCACAAGCGGGUGGUGGUGAUGGCCGGAGCCGGGAUCAGCACGCCAAGCGGCAUCCCGGAUUUCAGGUCUCCGGGCAGCGGUCUCUAUGACAACCUGCAGCAGUACGACCUGCCGUACGCAGAGGCCAUCUUUGAGAUUGGCUUCUUCCACCGGAACCCCGCCCCCUUUUUCGCCUUAGCCAAAGAGCUGUAUCCAGGAAACUACCGGCCCAAUCCGACACACUUCUUUGUGCACCUGCUCCACCAGAAGGGCCAGCUGCUGCGCAUGUACACGCAGAACAUCGACGGGCUGGAGAGGCUGGCUGGGAUUCCUCCAGAGAAGUUGGUGGAGGCUCAUGGGACGUUUGCCACAGCCACCUGCACCUCAUGUCUGCAGAAAUACAAGGGGGAGGAGCUCCGGCCGGCUGUGAUGAGCGGGAGCGUCCCAAAAUGCUCCGCCUGCGGGGGGGUCGUGAAGCCUGACAUCGUCUUCUUUGGAGAGGAACUGCCCCCCCAUUUCCUGAAGUACCUGACGGAUUUCCCUCUGGCAGACCUGCUGAUCAUCAUGGGAACCUCACUGGAGGUGGAGCCCUUUGCCAGUUUGGCAGGAGCCGUGCGCAGCUCUGUGCCCCGCCUGCUCAUCAACAGGGACCCUGUGGGGCCGUUUGUGUGGGGGCGGCGCCCUCAGGACGUCUUGCAGCUGGGGGAGGUGAUGGGUGGCGUGCAGGCGCUGGUGGAGGCUCUGGGCUGGACCCGGGAGCUGCAGGCGCUGAUGGCGGCCGGCGUUGAGCAGAAUGAAGAAUGAGGAGUUCCCUCCAUCCAAGCCGAACGCUGGACCUGCUCCUCUUCUCUGUCGUCCUGCGUUAAAUGAUCAGAAACACGCAGAGAGCCACAGAAGAAGAGAAUCUGACACGCAGCACAGGAAAAUCUGCAGGGUUCAAAGAGGCAUGCAGAAAUGUGAACCCUCACAGCAUUUCUCCUGCAGCAAAUCUGAAGUUUGUGUGAAUAAAAGACAACAAAGAAACACAA